CAAACACACAAAACCCUAGAAAUUGUAUCUUCAAGUCCGAUUCCACAUCCUCUCUAACGGCUUUUGAAUUCUCUGCCUUUGUUGAUUAGGCGCUGCAGUAACCGAGAGAUCAUUUGAGGUAAUCUUCGAGAAUUUGAUAAAUGUGAUAUUUCUCCAAAUAUGUUUUAGGUAAAUUUUGAGUUAGAUUCUGUUUUAGAGGAUUUGAUUUUGAAGAUGGAUCGACUCAGUGAGUUGCCAGACUCUGUAAUAUUUCACAUAUUUUGGUUGUUGCCUAUGAGGGAAGUUGUUAGAACAACAAUUCUAUCGAAGCGUUGGAAAAGCCUCUGGACUAGCACCCCUUUCCUUUACUUUGAUGAUUUUUUUGACCAGUUUGAUACCAGAGAUAAACUUCGAAUCUUCAUUCAUCGCGCUUUAUCGCGUUGGGAUGGGGUGAAGGUUUUGAAAUUCAAGGUUGAAGUGGAACACGAGGAAACAAUACACGGGGAUGUUGAUUUGUGGGUGCGUUUUGCCAUGAAAUAUGAAGUCGAAGAGUUAUACUUGCAUAUGGUGAUAGAGGAUUAUGUAUCAUGGAGUGGCGAUACUGAUCACGAGAUACAUUGUGUGCCGCAGUUUCUCUACUCGUGCUCAUCUAUUAAAGUGUUGUCGAUCACAAAUUGUUUCUUUAGAAUCAAUGGGGAUGUGCAGUGGAAUCAUCUCAAGAGUUUAACAAUAGUUGAAGGUUUUGGGGUCACUCAACACGUGAUUAGCCAGAUAUUGUGUGGUAGCCCGCGGUUGGAGCUCUUAACCGUGGCCUUUGUGGAAAGAGGUGAGAGCUUGUGCAUCCGAUCUACUAGUUUGAAAGAGCUGUCGAUUUAUAAGUACUUGUAUGAAGCCGAUGAUCCAUCUACUUAUACGACAGAGCUGGGAAUUUGGACCCCGAAUCUUGAAACAUUGGAGAUUAAAGGAAGUCCAUAUGACAAGUGUUUGUUGAUGAAUGUCUCGUCUUUAAUUCGUGCAACGCUUGGGUUUUCUAAUCUACAUUUCUAUGAUGAAGCAUAUUGUGACAACUUUUGUGGGAUGGAUGGCUUUGUACCCAGAAACCAUUUCUUUGGAGAUUUAUUUGGUCAAAUUCUUCCAAGCAUCCAACACGUUGAAAGCGUGAAACUAGUGUCCUGUUGCGUCAAGGUGUUUGGAGCUAUGAUAGAAAGAUGCAUGAAUUCAUCUUCUCCUAAUGUCAAAUCCCUACAGCUCGGAUUUUAUUUCGAGGAAAGUUAUUUUGCAGGUAUUAUUGAGAUUUUCCCUCUACUAAAGAAGUUAGUCAUUAAAUUUACUAAGAAGGAUAGGCACGAUGAUUAUCGAGAAUACCUGGGCUUUGAUUCUGAGAACUACCUCGAGUUUGAAGCAAAUCUUCCUAAGCCAUUUUUGCUGCAGUUGAGGAUAGUUGAGGUUACUUGGAUUGAGGGUGCCGUCAUAUUUCCGUUUCUAGAGUUUCUGUUGAAAUACGCGAGCAAGUUAGAAAGGAUUGUGUUCCGAGUAAAAGGAUUCACGUCGCCUUCACACCCAUCGAAGCUGUUGCUUUUGGCAUCACAGAAGCUGCUCAGAAUGCCAAAAUCCUCUCCAGCUGCACAGUUUAUUUUCAGUGAAUAUUGAUCUCACCAAGUUGUGUGUUAAAUCACAAGAAUAUUGCAGAAACUAAUAGUCUUUUUUAGAUGGAUGAAUAGCUUGUCAUACAUUUCUUGUGAAUAUAUUGCAAUAUCAC